AUGGAGGGAAUGCAGAAGAGCACAUAUGGAACUAUGGCUGAAGGAGACGAUGACUGGCUUGCAGCAUGUUCCGCACUGAGGAUCCUCCUGGUGGGCAGGUCAGGCAGUGGGAAAAGCGCCACAGGGAACAGCAUCCUCUGCAGGCCAGCGUUCGAGUCCAAGCUGGGGGCCCAGUCAGUGACCAGGACAUGCCAGCGGGAGAUGAGCACGUGGAAUGGGAGAAGCAUCCUGGUGGUGGACACGCCCAAUAUCUUCGAGUCAAAGGCCCAGACCCAAGAGAUGGACAAGGACAUUGCAGACUGUUACCUGCUGUGUGCCCCAGGGCCCCACGUGCUGCUGCUGGUCACCCAGCUGGGGCGCUUCACGGCCCAAGAUGCCAUGGCUGUGAGGAGGGCGAAGGAGGUGUUUGGGUCAGGGGCCACAAGAUACAUGGUCGUCCUCUUCACCCACAAGGAAGACCUGGCGGACGAGUGCUUGGACGACUACGUGGCCCACACGGAGAACCACAGCCUGCAGCGCCUGAUCCAGGAGUGCGGCAGGAGAUACUGUGCCUUCAACAACCGGGCCACGGGCCAGGAGCAGAGGAGGCAGCUGGACGAGUUCAUGGCCCUGGUGGAGAGGCUGGAGUGGGAGUGUGGUGGCUCCUUCCACAGCAAUGAGCUCUUCUUUCAUGCCCAGAGUCUGCAGCGAGGUGGGGCUGGUGCCUACCAGCAAGACUACAGGCACUUCCUGGCUGAGGUGAGGCAGCAGCUGGACAAGCAGAAGCAGGAGCUGAAGGAGCAGGAGAGGAACUGUGCACUCAAGGCGCUCCUCACAGUCAGACGGUGGAUGGCUUCCCACGUCGCGCUCUCUGCUGGUCUCAUUAUCUGUGGUUUGAUUCUUCUUGCCCUCAUAAUUAAUGUGUGUAUUUUUUAG